GUGUAGCAGCAUAACCACACACAACGGUCGGCCAAGUGUGUGUGCGUUUCUGAGCAGCUCACUUCUUCCGAGAGCUUUGUCAGUUUAGUUGCCUGUGAAUGUAGCUGCCGGAGAGUGUUUGUGACAUGCCUGAGAAGGAAUAUUAGCAACAACAAAGGUGAAAAAUGGAUUUCCAACACAGGGCAGCGCUAGACAUUUCCACCAGGAACCCUCAGGAUGAUUUUGAGAUCCUGCAGAAGGUCGGAGGAGGAACCUACGGGGACGUUUACAAGGCCCGUAACAAGCAGAACGGGGAGCUGGCCGCCAUCAAAGUCAUCAAGAUGGAAGCAGACGAUGAUUUUUCUGUCAUCCAGCAGGAGAUUGUUAUAGUGAAGGGCUGUAAACAUCCCAACAUAGUGGCGUAUUAUGGCAGCUACAUACGAGAUAAUAAACUGUGGAUCUGUAUGGAGUUCUGUGGAGGAGGCUCCCUGCAGGAUAUCUACCACGUGACCGGUCCUCUCGCUGAGCCACAGAUCGCCUACAUCUGCAGGGAGAUGUUGCAGGGUCUGGACUACCUGCAUGGACAGAAGAAAAUCCAUAGAGACAUCAAGGGUGCCAACAUCCUCCUUAACGACCAGGGCGAGGUCAGACUGGCCGACUUUGGGAUCUCGGCUCACAUCACUGCCACUCUGGCCCGCCGAAUGUCCUUCAUCGGGACACCAUAUUGGAUGGCUCCGGAGGUGGCAGCUGUGGAGAUCAAAGGUGGCUAUAAUGAACUCUGUGACAUUUGGUCCGUGGGCAUAACAGCCAUUGAGCUGGCGGAGCUACAGCCGCCGAUGUUUGACGUCCACCCGCUGCGAGUCCUGUUUCUCAUGUCCAAAAGUGGCUACCAGCCUCCCAAACUAAAGGACAAGUCUAAAUGGUCCUCCACCUUUUAUAACUUUGUGAAGGCCAUGUUGGUGAGGAACCCGAAGAAGAGACCCAACGCCAGCAAGUUGCUCUCAAACCUGUUUUUGACCCAGCGGUGCCUGAAGCGGGACCUGACCGUGGAGCUGCUGGAAAAGUAUCGAAACCCUGAGAAACACAAGUCCUGCCUGUUGUCGGAGGAAGAAGAGAUGGAGGUGACGCUGCCUGGAUCUUUGAGGAGGAUCCAGUCAAUCAACAAACACAACCAGGCUGGGAGGACAAACUCUGACUGUAGCAUGGAACAGAUUUAUACUCAGAGGCCUAUGAAGAACAACUCGCCGAGCGCUACUUCGACACCCUCACUUGGAUCUAGCGGCAGUAACAAGAGUGCAUUAUGGGAUCAGUACUCAGACAACGACGACGACGACUAUGACGAUGUGGACAUCCCUACGAUGUCAACUAUUAGUUACGUAAUGCCAGCCAAUGAAACUCCACCUCCACUCCCUCCAAAGCCUAAAAUUCGAACGAGCUCUGUCGGGGAAAACGACCGGCCGAGGAAGCAGGGCUCGCUGAACGCCCCCGUCCCUCUCACCAGGACCUCCAGUGGGACGCAGGUUGGGCCUACGCCCAAACCACGGCACUUGCGAAUCUCAGAUCCCACGUCCUUAGCCGUCCAGCCGAUUGACAACCCAUCCGACCUUCUUCCUCCUGAGCUCCCCCCUAAAAGCCGACACAGACGGCUACACCCAUCAAAGGAACCUGCUGAGUGUGUGAGCCCCGUCAUAAAGAAACCAACAGUGUACUUUAAAAAGAUCUUCCAUGGCUGCCCUCUUAAAAUAACCUGCUCCACAACAUGGGAAAACCAAACUACCAAAGACCAGCACCUGAUCCUGGGGGCAGAGGAAGGGAUCUACACUCUGAACCUGAGCAGCUCAGAGGCCACCAUGGAGCUGCUGUAUCCGGGGAAGUGUACCUGGGUCUACACCAUUAAUAAUGUCCUCAUGUCUGUAUCAGGAAAAUCCUCGCAGCUCACCUCGCAUUCACUGAAGGAGUUGUACGAACAGGCUCGGAGGGACCAAAGGAUGGUUUCCUUGUCGACUCACAGACUGUUACCAAGGAAAUGUGCUGUGACCUAUAAAAUACCAGACACCAAGGGCUGCAAGACCUGCUCAGUUGAUACCUUGCAGCAAGGCUGUGUGUUCCUGUGCUGCGGCCUGGAGUCCAGGGUAGUGCUGCUGCAGUGGUACGAGCCCAUGCACAAGUUCAUGCUCAUUAAGCACUUUGACUUCCCCCUGCCCAACCCUCUGCGGGUGUUCCAGAUGGUGACGGUGCCCGGACAGGAGUACCCGCUGGUGUGUAUCGGUGUGUCUCCGGGGUCCAACCCUAACGUGCCCAUCAAUGUACAAUACAUCAACCUCAACUCCAACACAUCCUGGUUCACCAACUCUGGCCUUGAGACACCUUGCCCAGAUAUUGUUCAAGUAAACCAGUUAAGCAGUAGCUCACUGCUCGUCCUCAUGGAAAAGUCGGUACAUAUAGUCGGUCUGAUGGGAGAGCUGAAGAGCAACAGGCCGCCAACACAGGACGCCACCUUCUCCCAUACUAUUGAGUCUAUAGUGUACUUUGAGGACACGCUGCUGGCAGUGUGGCGUCACGGCUGGCAGAGGAGAGCACAAGGUUUCACUGAGGUGCUGGAGGAGAUUACCGACCCCAGAAAGAUCUACAGACUGGUGCAGUCAGACAGGAUGGUCAUCUUGGAGACGCAUCAGACCGAGGACCCGUCGGGGAUGUCCAACCUUUACAUCCUGGAAAUUGCUGAGAACUACCUCAUGCUACCCUGAGUUUCCUGUGUGUUGAGCGGGGGCAUCAUGGGAAACUCCCUCUUGUGUAUUCAUGCAUCCAUGUGGAACUUUCUUCUGUCAUCAUUGCCCCUUAUGGAUGUGGAUGCUGCAGUAUUUUAUUUUCUAAUGCGAGAGGAAACAUGUCAGAGGGUUAAAUGAUGGGAGGAUGUUGCAAACUGACCAAAGAGGAAAGUUGCAUUGAGGUCCAAGGGAGUCCGCUCUUCUUAUGCUCAUUCAAAUUUGUAUAAUCCAGAACGACUUCCAGAAUCAAACAGCUGAGAAAACCAUAAAGUGAACAGAGAAGGAAGGUCCUCCUCUAACACUAAAGAGGAGUAUCUACUUUCUCCUGCGGAGACUAGUAGUAAAAACUAAUAUUGUUGAUGGCUUCCAGCAAAUGCGUGGAUGGAUUCAUUGUGUGUGUAGUUUGUAUGCCAAUGUUCAAGAUACACCCUUCUCAUUGCCAUUACAUUGUAAUAAACUUAAUGAUCACACGAUGAGGGGAAUUGUACUU